AUGAUCGCCGAGCCUAACACGUGUGACGUAAGCACCACAGCUUCUCUUCCACUUCCAUCUCUGUGGCAACCACCAGCGCAAAACAGCCUGGAUAUGUCGGAAACUCCCUCCACGCAGCCACCCGUCCUUCCUCCUGAACUAGAACUGGUCAUUUUCGAGACCGCCGCCCACGGAUGCCCGCCGUUCAUCCCGACCCUGAUGCUCGUAUCGAGUCGCGUCAGAGAGUGGGUGGAGCCGCUUCUGUACCGCACGCUGAUCUUCACGGCGAACAAAGUCUCGAAGAUCGUGUCGGCCUCCCUGCUACCAACCUGUCGGGUGGAGAUCUUCCUCGGGGUCGCCGAGCGCAGGGGGAGCGAAUUCAUGCGGCGGGCCGUCAAGAACGUGAUGGCGGUGGCGAUGUCCGGCGCGGACAUUAGGGCCAUCCUCGACAUAUGCUCGCAGGUGGAGAAUCUGUACGUCAUCUGGGGCAGCGAGCUGCUCGGUGCGCUCGAAAGGCCGGACGGGUCGACUGUGGCCUUAACAUCGCUGCGUCAUCUGCAUGCUCCCAUUCUGGAGCUGCUGGACGUGGAGUCCAUUAACUUCAGCACGCAUCCCACCUUCCGACAGCUGACGCAUUUGGAGCUGUUUGACGGCCCAUUCGAGCUACCGAAGGCGCUCGAGACCUAUCGAGCUGUCUUAUGCAUCCCAUCGCUGACGCACCUCGCGCUCAACGGCGACGGCGAAGCCGACUUUGACUCCUCCCAAUCCAAUAUCUACGCUGAGCUCCUACGGGACGACGCCGGCCGCAAACUCCAUGCGCUGGUGCUGCUCACCCUGGAUGGGCCGACCCCGCAGCUCACGUCCGCCUCUGACGACCUGCGCUUUGUUGUAAUGCUCCUCUCAGAAUACUUCCCCGACUGGGCCGCUGCGCGUCUAUACCCUUCCGAGGAAUUCUGGACCCGCGUGGACGCGGUGAUCGCUGAACGGAGGCUGACGGGGGACAGUUCCAUCCAGUCACAUCUCUCGUAG